GAUCAGUAACCCCCCCCCCCACCCCCCAAUAGGUACAAGACGUUUUUUGGUACCUAAAGAGUAGUUUUUAAAAUUAACCUGUUUAUCCAAACCCAGAGUGUAUACCUGAUGGAAACCCUACGGGUUUUUAAACGGGUUUGUAACAAACUUAACUAAUCGGAUUUAAGAUUAGAAUUACCUAAACCUGUUCCAAACUCGUUUCAUCGUCAAUAGAAUUAGACCGAAAAGUGAGGGUUCCAAUUUGAAAACUAGGUUCGGACAGCCGUUAAACUCCCACAUUUUCUCUUUCCUCCAUUUAUGAAUCCAUCAAAAUUUGAAAUCUUGCAGAAAAUCACACCAGUCGUUCUUUAAAUCUUCAAAUUUGAAAUUCGUUCAACUUAAAACCCAAUUCAAGGGUUUCAAACCCUAAUUGUGAUUUGGGUUUCUUUAAUUUGAGUGUUUUAAAGCAAACCCAAGUAUUAAAUUUAAAAAAAAAAGAUUUGUUCUUUAUUAGAUUUUGUUCAAAAAAAGGUUUUAAACCCCUUAAAACCCAAUUUGUGAUUUGGGUUUCUUGAACUUUUCAUUGCAAACCCAAUAAUUCAAUUUACAAAAAGAUUUGUUCUUUUUUUAUAUUUGGUUCAAAGAAAGGGUAUAAAAAUUAAAACCCUAAAACCCCAAUCUGUGAUUUGGGUUUGUUGAAUUUAUCAGUGCAAACCCUAGAACCAGAUUUGUAAAAGAUUUGUGUGAAGGGAAUUGAAGGGGUCAUAUAAUGGCUAAAAGAUCAUCUUUUGGGAAAUCAAUAAGAAAGAGGUUUUCUGAUAUCACUAAUUACCAGCCACAACACAAAUCUUCACCAGUUUUUUUUGAACAAAAUUUUCCACUCAAUGCUUCAUUAUCUUCAACUAAAGAGCAAAUUGAUCAUCUUUUGAAGGAAAAUGCAGGGCUUAUGAAGCAUGUUACCGACAAAAACAAGGUCAUAGAGAUGAACAGAGUUGAGCUUCAAAAGCUGCGAAUUGUUGUUCAGAAAACACAGUUGCAGAAUUGGAACCUUGCCCAAACAAACAGUCAUAUGAUGGCGGUUGGUACUUUGCUUUCAUAA